UCUAUUUUACCUCUCGUCUCUCUCCUCGCGGUCGCUUCUCGUCUCGUCCCAAUCUACUCCUCCUCCUCGCGCUCCCCUCCCACCCUAGGGUUCGCCAUGGACAAGGGCGACGUCGCCGUGGCCGUGCCCCCCUCCAUCGCCGGCGCCUCCUCCUCCGGGGCCAAGAAGGGCAAGCGCUUCGAGAUCAAGAAGUGGAACGCUGUCUCCCUCUGGGCCUGGGACAUCGUCGUGGACAACUGCGCCAUCUGCCGCAACCACAUCAUGGACCUCUGCAUCGAGUGCCAGGCGAACCAGGCGAGCGCCACCAGCGAGGAGUGCACCGUCGCUUGGGGAGUUUGCAACCAUGCAUUCCACUUCCACUGCAUCAGCCGUUGGCUCAAGACCCGUCAAGUGUGCCCUCUAGACAACAGCGAGUGGGAGUUCCAGAAGUAUGGUCACUAGACAAUUCUCUUUCGGGAGCAAAAGCGGCUUCAAGUUUCUCGUAUCAAGUAUUAGCACUAAGUGAUAACUAAUGAUUACGAUGGGUAGGCUGCAUUGUUAAUGUUUCAGAAGCUUGUAUUUUCGGUAGAAACAUAUCAUGCUGGUAGCUCAGCGAAUCUCCUCAAACUUAUUUUCGCUGAAAUCAAGCAGCAGUUCGUAUUUACUAAGUUUUUUUCUGCUCAUGAUGUUCCAGCGGUAUAACUUUUUGCACA